AUGAAGACAUAACGUCAUAUAUAUGUACAUGACAAAUUAAUACAACCUAGAAAAUACUAGAACAAUUUGAACUCGAAUCAUUUGACGGUUUGGACCCCGUACUUUCUUACUCCACCAACUACCCAACCUUAUAUGGUUCAAUAAUUCCUCAGGGUGCUCUAUAAAUAAUGUGAAAUUCCCUUGCUUUAACUCUCACCACCUUUCUCUCUCUCUCUCUCUCUCUCUCUCUCUCUCUCUCUCUCUCUCUCUCUCUCUAGAAAUCAUCAAUGGCGGCUAACUCGAGUUUGUCAUCUCCGAUGGACCCUCUCGCGAGAGAGAAAGACGCUAAGGGAAUUCAGUUGAUCGAAGAUAUGACCAGAAAUGCAGAUAUCGUACAAAAGAAUUUCUUGUCUGAAAUCCUGACCCGAAACUCCGACACCGAAUAUCUCAAGAAAUUCAACCUCAACGGAGCCACCGAUCAGGAAACAUUCAAAUCUAAAAUCCCGAUAAUCACUUAUGAUGAUAUCGAGCCGUUUGUCCGGCGAAUAGCCGACGGCGAUCGCUCUCCCAUUUUAUCUUCUCUCCCCAUCUCCGAAUUCAUUUUCAGUUCCGGAACUUCAUCGGGUGAACCGAAGCUCAUUCCAUCUGGCCGAGAAGAAUCGAAUCGUCGUCACCUUCUGUUCAGUCUUAUGACGUCUAUUAUCAAAUUGCACGUGAAUGGAGUAGACAAAGGGAAAGGACUUCACUUCUGGUUUACGAAAGCCGACAUAAAGACGAAGGGCGGAAUCCCGGCCCGAUCCGCGACAACAAGCUUGUUCAAGGGCGAUCUUUUCAAGACCCGACCCUACCCGCAUAACAUGUGCACAAGUCCCAAUGAGGCCGUCUAUUGUCUCGACACGUACCAAAGCACGUACGCUCAACUCCUUUGUGGUCUCUACGAACGCGAACAUAUCAUGCGGGUCGGGGCGAUAUUCGCUUCGGGCCUCCUCUCGGUCAUCAAGUUCCUCAAGCUCAAUUGGGAGCAACUCGCCCACGACAUCCGAACCGGGUCGCUCAACCUGAAAAUAACCGACCCGCCUCUCCGCGAGUGCAUGACCCGUAUCGUUCGACCCGACCCGGAAUUGGCCGACCUUAUCGCCCGCGAGUGUGCGAAUGGCGAUAAUUGGGAGGGGAUCAUCACUCGGAUUUGGCCGAAUACGAAACUUUUAGAGAUGAUUGUGACCGGCACAAUGGCACAAUACAUCCCUACUCUCGACCACUAUAGCGGUGGGUUGCCUAAGGUGUCCAUGCUCUACGGAGCUUCCGAAUGCUUCUUUGGGCUCAAUCUCGAUCCCAUGUGCGACCCGUCCGAAGUGUCGUACACCAUCAUGCCCAACAUGGCGUACUUUGAGUUCUCGCCGCUCGAAUCGGAACCCGACUCGCCCGGUCAACUCGUCGAUUUAGUGGACGUCGAAAUCGGCAAGGAAUACGAAGUGGUGAUCACAAAUUCCUCCGGAUUGUACCGGUACCGGAUGGGGGACGUUCUUAAAGUCACCGGUUUCCACCACAAGUCGCCGAAACUACAAUUCGUCAGGCGGAAAAACAUGCUUCUCAAUAUCGAUUGGGAGAAGACGAACGAGGUCGAUCUUCAGGAGGCGGUAGGGCAUGCGGCCAAAUUGCUCCGAGAAUUCGGCACGAGCGUGGUGGAUUACACAAGCUAUGCCGACACGUCGACCAUACCGGGUCACUACGUGAUAUAUUGGGAGUUACAAGCCCCGUUAAAGGAGGACUCGUGUGAGAAGGUGAUUGAGCAAUGUUGCAUUGCAAUGGAGGAGUCGCUCAACCCAAUUUACCGGUUACUACGGGUCGACGGGUCGAUCGGACCGUUGGAGAUCCGAGUUGUGAAAAGUGGGACGUUUGAAGAACUAAUGAACUAUGCUAUCUCGAAGGGUGGUUCGAUCGGUCAAUACAAGGUGCCUCGAUGCGUUAGCUUCAAGCCGAUAGUGGAUAUACUUGAUUCGCGAGUUCUCGCAACGAGCUUUAGCACAUCGUUGCCAAAAUCGACGCGAGAGUGAUAUUUCUCGAAAGGGAAAAAGUACAAUUCAAGAAUGACUGAAAUACCAAAGCCAAUGAAGAAUGCAUGUUGUUUUUUUUCUUUAAAAAUAAAAUUUGUAGUUCACUUUGUAACAAAAUAAACAUGGCGUUGUAUGAGUUAUAAAAAUAAUGAGUAAUAAAAUUAUUAUAUCGAGUACUUUCAUAUGUACUAGUUAUUGAUAUAUUUACGUAGAUCAA